AGCCGAUAUGCUAUUUUUGGUGGUCAGUUUUUAAGCGAUCCCGUGUACCUCGAGGAACCUGCUUUGUUGAUGGAGAUUCGCUGACGAUGGCUCAAAAUCGGUUGUCGAAUGUGACGGUGGAACAAGUUAAAGCUGCUAUGAAAGAAAUUUUAGAAGCAUUUGACAAGCCACAAAACAAAGCUAAAAUGCAAGAAAUUGAACAGGAGGCUAAUAGUGAUUUGGUAAAGCUGCUCCAAGAACGACUGCCAUUUGCUGCAGAGAUUCAGAAAGAGGUGAUUAAGUGUCAUGGCUUCUCUGAUGAUGGAGAUCAAGGUUCUCUGACAUUUACUCAUGCUAUCAAGUUGUUUGAAAAAGAGGAUGAAGAAAUUGCCUCCAUGGCAGCUGAUCUGAAGAUGAAGUUCAUCCCACCCCUUCCACACCCCCCUCUUUUUGUUCCUAGGGAUGUCACAUGACAAACUUCAAACCUCUCAUUGUAGAAUAUUCUUUUAUUACAAUCAAAUGGACUCCUCAUUUGAAGAAAUGUCACUGGGUCAAGGUGUUUCAUGUCUGUUGUUAGUUUAGGUAUGGUACAAGCCAUUUUUGAACAUGAAAUCCAGUUACAUCUAUAGUUUCAAUGUGUAUUCAAUAGAAUUAUAAAGGUAA